UCCUUGAUCAGCCUGCACUGCUGACCUCAGACUCAGGACACACUCCAGGAGAAUGGCCAUUCUGUGCAUGCUGUGGGUGGGGCUGGUCCUGCUGGGGGUCGUGCAGACUCAGGCCCAGGGCCAGGACUCUGUGCAGCCCAACUUCCAACAGGACAAGUUCCUGGGACGCUGGUUCAGCGUGGGCUUAGCCUCCAACUCCAGCUGGUUCCGAGAGAAGAAGAACGUGCUGUCCAUGUGCAAGUCGGUGGUGACCCCCUCUGAAGACGGUGGCCUCAACCUCACCUCCACCUUCCUGAGGAAAAACCAGUGUGAGACGCGGAUCAUGCUGCUGCAGCCCGCAGGGGGCCCUGGCUACUACAACUACCACAGUCCCCGCUGGGGCAGCACCCACUCCGUCUCAGUGGUGGAGACCAACUAUAAGGAGUACGCACUGCUGUACAGCGAGGGCAUCCAGGGUCCCGGUCAGGACUUCCGCAUGGCCACCCUCUACAGCCGCACCCAGACCCUGAAGGCUGAGCUGAAGAAGAAAUUCACCAGCUUUUGCAAAGCCCAGGGCUUCACAGAGGAUAGCAUUGUCUUUCUGCCCCAACCUGAUAAGUGCAUUAAUGAGCAAGAGUAGAGGAGAGAGUCAAGCAGUGGGCAGCUUCAUAGGUGACCUGGCCCUCCAUACUCCUCUUGCCGUGCUUCUUCCUCAAGACCCAAGUCCUCGCUCCCC